CCUGGGCGGGUCACUCCGCCUAGUGCAAAGGCAGCGCACGGUCUUUGCGGAGCUUGUGGCCCGCUGGUUUGUUGGCAGAACUGGUCGGCGAUCCUCCAGGGCGGCCAUGGCAGAGCCACAGCCCGCGCCCAGCGGCCUCACGGAUGAGGUCGCCCUCAGCUGCUGCUCCGACCCGGACCCCAGCACCAAGGACUUCCUGUUGCAGCAGACGAUGCUGAGGAUUAAGGAUCCUAAGAAGUCCUUGGAUUUUUAUACUAGGGUUCUUGGAAUGACGCUACUCCAGAAGUUUGAUUUUCCUUCCAUGAAAUUUUCCCUCUACUUCUUGGCUUACGAGGAUAAGAAUGAUAUCCCUAAAGAUAAGGAUGAAAGAACAGCAUGGAUGUUUUCCAGAAAAGCUACACUUGAGUUGACACACAACUGGGGCACCGAGGAUGAUGAGACCCAGAGUUAUCACAACAGCAACUCAGAUCCUCGGGGAUUCGGUCACAUUGGGAUUGCCGUUCCUGAUGUCUACAGUGCCUGCAAAAGAUUUGAAGAACUGGGAGUCAAGUUUGUGAAGAAACCCGACGAUGGUAAAAUGAAAGGUCUGGCAUUCAUUCAAGAUCCUGACGGCUACUGGAUUGAAAUUCUGAAUCCUAACAAAAUAGCAAAGAUUAUUUAGUUCUGUGAGAAUGCUCCUUUGAGGUGUCGGUGACGGUGGGGACAAGAAACAGCGUGAUACAAGAUGCUAAGGCACCAGAAGCAUCGAGAGCCGAUGGAUCUUCGCUCCAGUUCAAGUCGUUCUGAAAUCCUUUUCAUUGUCCUGUUUCAGUGGCUUUUUAAAAACCCUCCCUCCUCUGUUUAGUCAACCUAAUUUUCAAGUGCCAGUUUGUCUUAUGACUUUGACAAAGUUAUGUGACUUUGCUUUUUAGAUAAUAAUUAGAACGAUUCCCUUCAGAGACUACAUUUGCUAUCCUGUCUCUCUUAAGUAUUACUCAAGUCUGGUUUUGAUUCAUCAUUAAAAUUUUUGUUUUAAAUGUUUCUUUUUCUUACCUUCUGGGGUUUCAGUUCCUCAGAAAUAACUUUUCAUAAUGGAAAGUAAAGAACACUGAACAGAAAUGAAACUUCAUAUGUACUUCAAACAGCAUAGUGUUUAUUUUACAAAAGAGAAGGCACUCUUGAGAGCAAUUCUGAAUCACGCUGGCUAGGAAACUGACAGAAAUACUAAUUUUUAUAUAUAUAUAGUACUUUGAAAGUUCAAGGACUAACUUUCCUCUGUGGGAGUGUGGAGAAGGAGGAGUAAUAUUACUAGGUACUUAGACAGUGGGCUAGGCUGCAGCACACUUUAUGAGAAUGAAUACUACAACCACCAUGUGAGAAAGCAAGCGGCUGGUCAUAGAGACUAACCUGAUUGGGUCAUCCUUUUAGUAUCUGCCUGAUGCCUCGCUGGACCUCCUGUGUUAGUCUUCUGCUCUGAGGCCUGCGGUGAGCUUGGCUUUGUGCCCUUUGCUCUCAGGCCUGACUACCACAGUGAAAGAAGCAUAGAAGUCUAUAGCACAAGGCUGUUCCAGGGGACAUUCUGGGUGAGGGAGGCUCCCAUGAGUCUUCCCCACUCCAGGGGCCUAUGAAUUCACUUAGGAUAAAUUAUUUCCAGUGGGAACUCAGAUAUCAGGAAUUAGCUCAGUGGUCUACCCUGCUGAGUGACUGGUGGUGGAUUUCUAAGGCAAUUUUGAAAACUUUUGGUCUGGAGGAUAAAACCCAAUUUGAGGUCAAACUACAUUGAAGUUUUCUGCAGACUGUAGUAGAAGCCGUCUGGAUGGGUGAUGUCAAGGGUUACAUCUCUAGAAGCUUUGUUUCUUUUUGGGAUGAAAUGGAUUAAUGUGGACAGUUUCAACAAAUCAUAGACUGAAAUAAAACUUUAACGCUGUUUAAUAUGUAAAA